AUGUGGGGGCAUCUCACGUCGUCCCUCCGCCGACUCACAGUGCGCUCUGGCGAGCCGCACACCGCGCCGGACAAGCCGCUCAUCGUCGUCUUCGGGGCCACCGGCGCGCAGGGCAGCAGCGUGGUGGCGGCGCUGCUGGCGAGCGGGCGCUACCGCAUCCGCGCCGUCACGCGCCACGCGGACUCGCCGCGUGCCGCCCAUCUGAGGGACGCCAAGGUGGAAGUGGCACAGGCCGACCAGGCGGACCGCCAGGCCGUGCGCGCGGCGCUGGAGGGUGCUUAUGGCGCGUUCGUGGUGACGGACUUCUACUCGCUGGGAGAGCGCGAGGUGGAGGUGGGGAAGGGAGUGGUGGAGGAGGCGAGGGGGGCGGGCGUGCAGCACGUGGUGUGGAGCACACUGCCCCACGUGCACCGCCUCUCCAAGGGCCAACUCAACGUGCCGCACUUCACCAACAAGGCCAAGGUGGAGGAGGUGGUGAGGGCGAGCGGCUUCAAGCACCACACAUUCGUCAUGUGUGCCUUCUAUUACCAGAACUUCGCCCACUUCAACCUCGCCAGGGAGGAGGCGGAUGGCACGGUGGUGUUUGAGCUGCCCAUGGCAGCAGACGACAUGCUCACGGCCUUCGAUGUGGACGACACCGGUGCUGCCGUGCUCAACGCCCUCGACCACCCCCAUGACUGGGAUGGCGAGUACAUGUGUCUAGCGGGCUACCACGCCCCCCUGCACCAGUACGUCUCCGACUUCCACCGCGUCACGGGCCGCCCCGCCCGCCUGCACACCACUGAGAAGGCGGCCUCUGACGAGUGGACGCAGAUGUUCCGCUGGUUCUCCCAGCACACGUACUUCGGCUGUCAUGACAUCAGCAAUGCGCGGCGCUGCAACCCGCACCUCAAGACGUGGCGCCAGUGGCUGCAGGAGAGCGGCUGGAAGGGGCCCCAGGGGGUAGAGGAGGGCGAGGGGAAGGGAGAAGCCACGGGGGAAGUGAAGGGAGAAGGUGAGGUUGAGUCUGAAGCUAGGGGUGGAGGGAAGGAG